UUUCCGGGGGGCGGGGCCAUUAGGCUGAAGCCCUUAAAGGGACCCGGUUGUGGGGCUCGGGAGGCGGCACCGCUGGAGUCUUCGCGGGGCGUCCGUUCCCGAGCAGUUUCAGGAGAUUAGGAUACCUGCUGCCUCCCUCUGAAGUUGGACUCUGGUUGGAAGGAGGCCCUGAGCAGCCAUCUCAGCAACCUCAGAGACUCGGUCCUAGGUCAGGUGCCAUGACAGAGAAGGUUCUGGUGACAGGUGGGGCUGGCUACAUUGGCAGCCACACAGUGCUGGAGCUGCUGGAAGCAGGUUAUUCCCCAGUGGUCAUGGACAACUUUCACAAUGCCAUCCGCGGAAGGGAUUCUAUGCCUGAGAGUCUGCGGCGGGUUCAGGAGCUGACAGGCCAUUCUGUAGAGUUUGAAGAGAUGGAUAUCUUGGACCAGGCAGCCCUACAACAUCUCUUCAAAAAGCACAGCUUUAUGGCAGUCAUCCACUUUGCUGGGCUCAAGGCUGUGGGCGAGUCUGUGCAAAAGCCUUUGGAUUAUUACAAAGUGAACCUCACAGGGACCAUCCAGCUUCUGGAGAUCAUGAGCACCCACGGAGUGAAGAACCUGGUGUUCAGCAGCUCAGCCACCGUGUAUGGGAAUCCCCAGUACCUGCCCCUGGACGAGGCCCACCCCACAGGUGGCUGUACCAACCCUUACGGCAAGUCCAAAUUCUUCAUCGAGGAAAUGAUCCGGGAUCUGUGCCGAGCAGACCAGGCCUGGAAUGCAGUGCUGCUGCGGUAUUUCAACCCCACAGGUGCCCAUACCUCAGGUCUCAUUGGGGAAGAUCCCCAGGGCAUCCCCAAUAACCUCAUGCCCUAUGUCUCCCAGGUAGCUAUUGGGCGACGGGAGGCACUGAAUGUCUUUGGCAACGACUAUGACACAGAAGAUGGCACAGGUGUCCGGGAUUAUAUCCAUGUUGUGGAUCUGGCCAAAGGUCACAUAGCAGCCUUGAAGAAGCUGAAGGAGCAGUGUGGCUGCCGGAUCUACAACCUAGGUACAGGCAUGGGGUAUUCGGUGCUGCAGAUGGUCCAGGCCAUGGAGAAAGCCUCCGGGAAGAAGAUUCCAUACAAAGUUGUGGCACGGCGAGAAGGUGAUGUGGCUGCUUGUUACGCCAACCCCAGCCUGGCCCGAGAGGAGCUGGGAUGGACAGCAGCCUUGGGGCUAGACAGGAUGUGUGAAGAUCUAUGGCGCUGGCAAAAGCAGAAUCCUUCAGGCUUUGGCACACAGGCCUGAGGCUGCCCCUCCACCAGGGACCAGAAAACAAAAAAAAGGAACAACUGCUUACUCUGGAAGGAAAAAUAGGGGCCUCAGAAGCCUCCCCUACUUCAAAUCUCAGCUGAAUCUACUCAGCCCACUAAGACUGAAGCCAAAGGCUCCCUAACCUGGAGUCAAGUGUCUUUUCUUCUGCUUCCCAUCUGAGAGACCCAUUAGGAGUACCAAAAAAGAGGGAGAGGACGGGGCCCUGGGGUAAGACACUCUCCUCCCAGGCACUAAUUUAUAUUGCUAAGAAGAGCUUGCCAAAGUAUUUAAAAUUAAAAGUUUUCUUACACUGGG